AUGCAUGCAGAUGCCUCUAUAAGAGCCUCUCCCAAACUACCAAAUGAGCUAUCCUCUGAUCCUCUCAUUGAACAAAUACUUGGCGGACUUGAGUUGUGUUUGCUGUGGGAUAAAGUACGAGCUCUGUGCGCAAUUAUCAACACUUGCUGACUUUGCCAACAGCUUGGGAAAAGAGAUAACAGGCUCGCCGAAUGGUGGUGUCCCUUGGACCUCGAAGAAAAAUCGGACAGCGAAGAACCACGAGUGACUAUCAAGGACGUGAAUAUUGCACUUGAUAAUUGGAAAGCUCGCUUUGCUCACUCAUUCUCAACAGGUAUACCCCCCUAAUACAGGUUCAUAGAAUCAACCAGUUAACAGAACUCAGACACUGGAACAAAUGCCAACAAUCUCAACCUGAUUUACCAUUAUCAUUAUACAAGGUCCUGUCUCCACACCCACUUCAUCCGACGUACAUCGUCGAAUUCCCCUACCGACAGAGAGCAAGCGGAAGCCAUCAUAAAAUGUGUUGACUCUGUUCUCAGUAUCUUCAAUUUGUACCAUACACUGGGACCAACGAGAAGAGACCAACUCCGAUACUUCCCAGGAUUCCUCUUCGUCAUCCUAUCAUUCUGCGCCUCCUUCUUGAUGAAAGCAAUCCAAGUCUUUCCAGCCCUAUUUCCCUAUCCAAACUCGGAUCUCGCAUUGCUAGGAAGACUGGCUGAACUUAUGAUUGGCCUCGGUGACUCAGGACAUGAUGCUUUCAUUAGCGGAACUCUAAUCCUUCGUCAUCUUGAUAAAAUGGAAAUGCCAACCAACCAACAUGUGGAGUCUUUUAACGGUCUACAACCGCAGGAGGGUCUUGUGAUAUCCACGGAUGAGCGGGUCAGUUGA